AAGGCUGGCGCGGCGGCGGCGGCACAGUAUAACUCGUGGGGCUGCCGCGGCCAUGGCCACAGCCGCCUCCAACCCCUACGGCCUGCUGGGCGCCGGCGCGCUCGCCCACGCCGAGGGCGCGGGCAUGCAGCAGGGCAGCCCGUUCCGCAGCCCGCAGAAGCUGCUGCAGAGCGAGUACCUGCAGGGCGUCCCCGGCAAUGGGCACCCGCUGGGGCAUCACUGGGUGACCAGCCUGAGCGACGGCGCGCCCUGGCCCGCGGCGCUGGCGGGCGGCCCGCUGGAGCAGCCCGACGUGAAGCCGGGCCGCGAGGACCUGCAGCUGGGCGCCAUCAUCCACCACCGCUCGCCCCACGUCUCCCACCACUCGCCCCACGCCAACCAUCCCAGCGCCUGGGGCGCCAGCCCGGCGCACAGCGCCUCGCUGGCCGCCCCCCCCGCCGCCGCCGCCGCCGCCGCCGCCGGGCAGCCCCUGAGCGUGUACUCGCAGGGCGGGUUCGCGGUGGGCGGUAUGCUGGAGCACGGAGGGCUCACCCCGCCGCCCGCCGCCGCCGCCGGGCAGGGCUUGCACCCGGGGCUGCGCGGCGAGGCCGGCGGCGAGCACGGCGAGCUGGGCGGCCACCACUGCCAGGACCACUCGGACGAGGAGACGCCGACCUCGGACGAGCUGGAGCAGUUCGCCAAGCAGUUCAAGCAGCGCCGCAUCAAGCUCGGCUUCACCCAGGCCGACGUGGGGCUGGCGCUGGGCACCCUCUACGGCAACGUCUUCUCGCAGACCACCAUCUGCCGCUUCGAGGCCCUGCAGCUCAGCUUCAAGAACAUGUGCAAGCUGAAGCCGCUGCUGAACAAGUGGCUGGAGGAGGCCGACUCCUCCACCGGCAGCCCCACGAGCAUCGACAAGAUCGCGGCGCAGGGGAGGAAGAGGAAGAAGCGGACCUCCAUCGAGGUGAGUGUCAAGGGCGUGCUGGAGACGCACUUCCUCAAGUGCCCCAAGCCGGCCGCCCAGGAGAUCUCCUCGCUGGCGGACAGCCUGCAGCUGGAGAAGGAGGUGGUGCGGGUCUGGUUCUGCAACCGGCGGCAGAAGGAGAAGCGCAUGACCCCGCCGGGCGAGCAGCCGCAGCACGACGUGUACUCGCACGGCGUGAAAACGGACACGGCCUGCCACGACCUCUGACCGCGGGCUCCGGCCACGGGACUGCCCGGCCGCGGGACUGCCCGCCGGGCUUUAACUUAUGGUUUCGGGAGACGCGGCGAGGGGUCCCCGCCCGCCGCCGCCUCGGCAAUAUUUUUUUUCCUCUCUCCGACCUUUCCGCUGAUCACACACGGUGUUUACUCGCAGACAAGGUUUGUUUUCGGUCUCCGCUAGGACGAAGGAAAAAAAAAAAGACAAAAAAACCCACCACAAAACAAAAUCCAAACUAAAAGGAAGAAAAAAAAAACAGAAAAAAAAAAAAAA